AAUUUGUUUCAAAACAGCAACGAUAAAUGGUCUCCAACAGAGGAGUAAUAAAGCUGAAAAUAUGGUAAUUUGUCUGUCUACUGAGGUAAAAUAUCGAAUACUUUUACUUCAAAGGAUUACAUUUUAGUGUACGAGUUUUUGAGAUGAUGUCGGGAGGCUUAAUAUGUUUACUGAGUAUUUUGUCGAAUAUUUAGUUGUUGUAGCUGGGUAGUAAAUUAUUUUCUCAUAAUUACGCUGUUUGAAUGACUUGACGUUGAAGUAACUUACCACAAAGGGCAAAUAUUCUGUGCUAAUUAUUACUGCUAUUAAGAAAAUCUAUACAUGUCUGCAUUCAGCUGGCCGUGCAUUUAAAAUGAGCAAAAUGGACUCCGGUUUUACUGAUUAUUUUGGAAACAUAGGAGUCAAAAUUUUGCAUGAGCAAGGUCGAAUAAUUCACCUUCCUCCUUAUCUGUAAUUAGAAAAAAUGCUUUUUCUUGUUUUUUUUUUUAAUUAAUAUAAUUUUUUGCUCCUUAUUCAGUCAUACCCUGUUCAGGAUUAAUAUGCAUCCUUCAAUCAUUUCUCAUUAUGGCAAUACAGGUGCAAUCAACAAUAGGUUUUGUUUAAAAUGCGGCUUUUCUAUUGGCGAACAAUCACAUUCAACACUUGUUGUUUGGUUUAACUUCAAUCGGCCCAUCGUUAGUCCUAGUCCAGUUAUUCAAAAAUACACAAUAAGUUCAGCGCGUGCGUUCAGUUUAACAAGUCAAUCGGCGGGCCCCGCACGUGUCAUGUACGAGACCAUUUGCUGCGGCUGACAAUAAAACAGAGAAAGCACAAUCACCAUAAAGAAAGAAUCAACAUAAGUCGGUUACUACUUAACGCAACGCAAGUUUGCUUUCACUUCAGAUCCAAUUAACACUUCUUUCGAGCAGAUCAUAACCCGAAAGGCAGCUUUGCAAAGAAGUAAUCUCAACUAACGGUCAAGGCACCCAACAGGAAAAUUCUAGAAAGUUUGAAAUGCCGAAGUCUUUCCUUUUAAAGAGACGAACUCCACAAACCACAACGAACUCCAGUCUCAAAAUUGUUGAUUAUAAAGAAGAAGCAGUCUCGAACAGCUUUCAGUUAAAAAGAUCCUUUGAGGAACAAACCUACAGACCUCUGCACCAGGAACCCAAGCCAGAACCAAGAGAGGAAUUAUUGGUUCAGAGCUCGGUACUUCAGGGCGCAGGUUACAACACAAGGGCUUUUGUCGUGAACGACGAGCUUGUUAACCAUUCAAGUGGCCGCCAGUUCUCCAUUUUAAGCCCAUAUUACCACUUCACAGCUCCUGAGAGAUUAGUAAACGCCGUCCAUAUGCAUCCUGCCGCAAACGAACAUUUCUUCUGGAGAAAUGAGCUUAGUAUCUCUUCCACCCCAGCUUGUUGUGAUAUUUAUCAGCACGGAGUUCCUCUUGUAACUCCGCCUUCGAUUUCCAUUCCCGAGAAAGUCAAAGAGCCCUACCAGUGUGAUCAGUGCGGUAAGAUUUUCAAAACCAAAUAUACCUUAGCCAUCCAUUUAAAAAUGCCAAAUCACACUCAUGCUCGGCCCUUCGUAUGCAAUACGUGCGGUAAAGGCUUCCGAUUGUCUUCUACACUUUGCAGGCACAAGAUCAUUCACACUAAAGAAAAACCGUACAAAUGCCAUGUUUGUGAAAAAGCAUUUAAUCGCUCGUCUACACUUAAGACACAUAUCCGCACCCAUAGUGAUGAUAAAGAAUUUGUUUGUGAUCGCUGUGGCAAAGGUUUCCAUCAAAAGGGAAACCUGCGAAAUCACUUUCUCAUUCACACGGGAGAAAAGCCGUAUAAGUGCAGCUUGUGCCAGAAAGCUUUCAAUAAAUUGUCGAAUUUGAAGUUUCAUAUGCAUGUGCACACAGACAAUUCGCCAUACCGAUGUAAAUUUUGCAAAGUUUCCUUUUCACGAAGAUGCGAUUUGAAAAGUCAUAUUCAGAACGCGCAUGUUGGACAGGAUGCAAACUAAAUCCUUUGCUUGUACUCUAAAGCAAGGAAAUCCAAACCCUUGGUGGCACCCUAAAAAGUAUCAUCUGAUCAAGGCUUUCAGAG